CCAGGAGAAAAGAGAGACUGUGAGAAGAAAGAAAACUCCUUCUUUGUCUCACAGCUGCUUUUCACUUCAGUGACUAACCAUCAGAAACAGUCAGUAGGAUGAACUCAGCAGCAGCAGCAGCAGCAGCAGCAGCAGCUGGAGGCACCAAGGCGACGCCACCAGAGCUGGAGCAGAAGGAGAGCCGGCAGUUCAAGAGCAAAGCUCCCAAACGAGGACAGAAAGGAGUCAACAGCCACGACGCAGCCAUGGAAGGCCUGGAUGACGCUGCAGUGGUUUGUCCCUGGGAGGAAUACGGAGACGUGGAGCUGAGCGAACUGGCCCAGUUUGGAACCGUUUAGACCCGAGGAAGACUUCCUGCUCUUCCUGUUCCCCCUUCAUCCUGAGGAUGAGGAGCAGAAACAUCACAGAUC